UUUCAGUUCUGUGCAUGGAAUACAUACACACUGAAUGAAAUUGGUACUUUUACAGAAUAACAUGGAGAACAUCGACCAGCCCUCACGUGAAGAAACAUCAGCUCACAUCUGCAUCUCAAGAACCAUUGGGGUAUUUACCGGUGAUAUGGCUGUUUGUGCAGAACUGGUGAAAAAACAGGCUGUGGCAGUCCAGCUGGUGGACUGGAUUUUUCGAGGGGUGGCGCAGGUUGUGUUUGUCAACAACCCUGUCAGCGGGCUCCUCAUCACCGCCGGCCUCUUCCUCCAGAACCCUUGGUGGGCUCUGAACGGCCUGCUGGGGACUCUCAUCUCCACUGUGUCGGCUGUCGUUUUGGGACAAAACAGGGCAGCCAUAUCAGCUGGCUUAUUUGGCUAUAAUGGCACAUUGGUUGGCACACUGCUAGCUGUUUUCUCUGCCAAAGGAAAGUGGUACUGGUGGCUUUUCCUGCCAAAUGUGUUCCUGUCCAUGUUAUGCCCUAUGGUCUCCAGUGCUCUGUCCUCAGUUGCCACCAAAUGGGAUGUGCCAAUAUUCACCCUGCCCUUUAACAUUUUGCUGUGUCUGCACAUUGCCGCUACAGGAGCCAACCAUCCCUAUUUUCCAGAGGUGGACUUUUUCCCCAAAAUCCACCCACAUCCUGUUAAUAUUACCAUCGAAGGCCUAAGUACUCGUAUAUCUCAGCUAUUCCUGUCCGUGCCCAUUGGAGUUGGGCAGGUGUACGGCUGUGACAGUGUUUGGACAGGAGGCCUUUUCCUUCUGGCAAUGCUGCUCUCCUCUCCAACUAUCUGCUUGCAUGCUACGCUGGGCUCUGCCAUUGGCAUGUUGUCUGGACUUGCUCUGGCAGCUCCUCACCAGGACAUUUAUUCCGGGUUAUGGGGGUAUAACUCCGCUCUCUCCUGCAUUGCUAUUGGAGGAGUGUUCUACGUCCUCACAUGGCAAACUCAUCUCCUGGCUCUAACAUGUGCACUUUUCUGUGCAUACAUGGCGUCAGCUCUGUCUAAUCUGAUGUCCCUGUUUUCACUACCAGCCUGCACGUGGCCUUUCUGCCUGUCGACUCUCGUCUUCCUCCUCGUUUCCUCCGAAAUCCCGGCCAUGUGCAGACUGCCUCUAUCUGUUGUCGCCUACCCCGAGGAGAACCGACGCUACCGGAGACGAUUAGAGGCCUCUGCAAAAACUCAGCAGAGCGGCAGCCAAGAAGGGGCCCAGCUGAAGGAAAGUGGAGGGACACAAGUCCAGAUGGAUGUGGAGUGAGGCUGCAGACUUUGGGACCGGAGGAUGAGGGUGUAACGUGGUUAACCACAUAAAUAUGGUGGUUCUCAACCAUUUUUGUAUUUUUCUCAUAUCAGUGUCUGACAUUGACACUUUACCUACUGCAGUAUACCUGUUAUGCACACCAGAUGGCAGCACAUUCAAAUCAGAGAUGUGAGCACAGCUGCAUGGAAAUCUCAUGAAACAAAUGAAUUAUGCUUUUAAAAAAAAGUUCCUUUCAAUUAACCAUUUAAGUCAUACAAAUGAUUUUCUUGGGUGAUAUUAUAAUUGUGUUCUGUAUUCAGAUAAAGGAUUCACAAUCUGAUAUCAUCAAUACGAUUAGAAUGUAUUAUCCUGAAGGUUGGCUUUAUGAGAGCUGAAGAAAAACAGUAGGCCUCAACUGUGAAUGGAAAUACCAAACAGCCAUGUAAAACUGAAGCAGAAAGAAAGCAAUGGAAACGAAAUUGUGACAGCAUAGUGCAAUCUGCAACUUCACCAUGAGACGUCAGGAAGUCCUACACACUGCAGCUUUAACAUAGCUUUAUUAAACUAAGCAUGUAUUUUCUGAGUAGUGUACUUCCUUCUUCAUGUAGUCUGCAAGAUCUCCCACAGUUU